CUAUAAAGUAGGAAUCCAUGGACUUUGCUUGUUUCGCUUUCUCCUUCUUAGCUCUUAGCUCUUAGCUCUUAGCUCCUCUCUCUCUCUCUCUCUCUCUUCUCACCUCCUUUUCUGAUUCACAAAAUUCCAUUCCUGAAUUUCCACAAACACCCCCCACCUCCCUCUCUCUCUCUCUCUUACGCACACACGCAAAUCCUCUCUCCUCUCUCUCUCACACACGCAGAGACAGACAGAGAGCUUCUUUUCUACUUCAGAAAAAUCCUUUCUUCAAAUUCCAUCAACACCCCACUUGCCCACCUUUCCCCCAUUCUCCUUCCACCCGUUCCUUCACACGCAAUUCCAUCUCUCUCUCUCUCACACACACACACACGAUAAACCAUGCCUACAGCGGCGGCGGAAAACUUAUCCACGGCCGAACAAAUCCGCCACAGAAAGCCCAGAAUUCCGGACACAGAUCCGAAUUCCAACCGCCCCAAAACCACCAUUUCGUCAAUCCUCCUCUCCUCCAGCCCCACCUCCGACGCCGCCUACAAGAAGAAGAACUUCUCGUCGGCCACAUUCCGCGGGCUCGGCUGCGCCGCCUCGUCGCAGGUGUCGGUACCCGCGGUCAUAAGGACUUCGGCCAAUUGGGAGGCCAAGAAGCUAAAGAAGAAGAGGCUCAAGACCAAGAAAAGCGGCAAUGACCAGCAGCCACUCAUUCACGGAAGCUCCGCCGCCAAUCCGCCGCUGCAAUCGCCGUCGCUCUCCCUGGCGCUGUCGUCCAGCUGCGUGGGCGCGCCUGAUGUCUGGUGUGGCGCCGGAAUGGGGCUGAGCACCGACGCUGCCUCCGUCGAUUGCGUCGUUUCGAGGAGGCCCUCGAGAGGCAAAGUUGAUGUUAAUGACAGAAUCAAUUCUGUUGCUCCGAGGGAGCGUUCUUACAAUGUGAGGAGAAUGGUUACCCCCGAAGACAACCCUUUCCUUGAAUCCGAUUCGUCUGUUGGAAUAGCUCGUAUACGUUCUGAUGUUUCUGGAUCCAGACAUCAUCGUCAUGUCAGACAUGGUUUCCGUGAUGGACUUGCUGAGAUUGUAAUGCUCCAAAGUAGUCUGUUGAUGGGUGGGAGAUCAGAUGGGCUCGACCGGUACAGGGAUCUCAGGCUUGAUACGGAUAACAUGUCGUACGAGGAAUUGCUGGAGCUCAGUGACAGGAUUGGGUAUGUGAGCACCGGAUUGAGAGAUGACGAGAUAACUCGUUGUUUGGGGACGACUAAAGUUGCACCCUCGACUGAUUUGUCGUUGCAUUUUACCUCAGAGAUGGAGAGGAAAUGCAGUAUAUGCCAGGAGGAAUAUGAAGCAGAUGACGAGACGGGCAAGCUAUACUGCGGGCACUUCUACCACAUCUACUGCAUAAAGCAGUGGCUUCGGCAGAAAAGCAGCUGCCCAAUUUGCAAAACAUCUGUCAUGUCCCAAACUGAAGAAGCUAAAUAGGUUUGGUUUGGGCUGUAAAAUCUUACUGCUGCUUUCGUAUUUUCUGUAUAGGUUUCUGAAAUCUUUGAAAACUGAGGGCAUUCUUUUUUUCAUGUGGCAAAAUUUGGUUUUUUCUACUUUUUAGGAUGCUGAAAAUUGCCAAUUUUGUUUGUUGGCAAAUUUGGUGUUGAUUGAACUGUAAACUUCAAAUCAUCAUAUAAUCUAAUCUUUACUUGUUCA